AUGAAUUCAAUUUGGACAUCACAAGAUACAAAACAUGCCGUUCUAUUUUCACUGGUACCGGGCGCUUUAUCAGCAUUUGCUGCUGCAUCAUUUAGGAAGGAAAAAAAUUUGAUCGAAUUAUGGAGUGCCUCAAAUAAACCGAAUUGGGCGCCAAAAAAUCCAGCGAUUUAUGGAGUAAUCGAUGUUAUGGCAAUUGCACCUGUUGGCUGGGCUUCAUAUAUGGCAUAUAAGUAUGGGGGAGGUCUUGCGCAUAAUAAUGCAAAGUUGGCAUUGGCGUUAUACGGUGGUAGUAUGAUUUGUGCAUUUCUUACAAUGCCAUUGGUAAAACAAAAAAAUUACUGUUGUUUAUUCCGUAACACGCUUAUAAUGCAUUUGACUGGAGUUGGAGCAGCACUUGCAUUCUUUAAGAUCGAUCAUAAAGCUGGCUUAUUAUUAGUGCCGUACGUUUUGUGGACAGGCUUCUAUACAUACCUCACGUACACUCUGAGUAAAACGAACACAUCCGAAGCAGCUAAACAUUCAACCAAUUGA